CGCCGCUGGGGAUGAUUAGUCCGCCGCCGCCCGCGCUCGUGACGCGCAUGAAGAAGCGCGAUGUCGGCGUGCCCAAGUUCCUACGCUCGCUCUUCGACAUGCUCGAGAACGAGAACGCCAACAUCAUCACGUGGACCUCGGACGGCGUCGCGGUCCAGGUUCUCGACCGCCACGCCCUCGAGACGACGGUGCUCCCCAAGUACUUCAAGCACUCCAAGUUCACGAGCUUCCAGCGCCAGCUCAACUACUUUGGCUUCAAGAAGAACACGCGGUACCGGUCGCACAUGUACACGUUCACGCACCCGUACUUCCGCCAGAACCGGAAAGACCUGCUCUGCAAGAUCACGCGCCACUACGGCCCGGAUGACGACAACCACGUCUCGGUCGAGGAGGACGAGGCCAUGGAGCGCUUCCUCGAAGCCGAGGCGCCAGCCUCCGACGAUGCACCCUUCUCCGUCGACCCGAUGCUGCAUCUCAACGAGCAGGACAUGGAGGUCCUCCGCGAACUGAUAGAACCCGAGAACGCACCGUCGUCGCCGCCACCGAUCGACGACUACCACCUCCUGCAAACCCUCACGCAUUUCCCGGGUCUUCUCGACGAGGCCAAGCGACCGCCACCCAGCAUUGCGCUCGACGCCGCCCUCACCGACAGCAUCAUCCACGACUUGAAGGAAGACCAGCACUGGCAACCGCCGCUGCCGCCCCACCUCUCGCUGCAGCGCCGCGCGCCAACGCUGACGCGCGUCCAGGACCCGGUCCGGGACGACGAGUUUGGCAUGCUCUUUGAAGCCGCGUCCAUGUUCUUAUAGCAGCGCCCGACUACACCCUUACUAGUAAUAUAUAUUGUAGCUCCGACA